CUACCACCUAUGGUUUUGGUUUGGUGAUCUUAUUUCGACCCAUUUAUCAUCAUCAUCUCAUCAUCAUCAACAUCAUCAUCAUCGACAAUUAACUGUCACACAAACACACACUCCAUUAAAUUCCGACCUCUUUAAAUCAUGCGAAUGAAAUGGAAAAAGGCCCAUUGAUUGAUUGAUUUGUGUAGAUACGUAUAAUUAAUAAAUUAUUAUGGCGGAUAAGAAGAUCAAGAACGAAGCUAGCAGUAGUAACAGCAAUAAUAAUAACAAUGAUAUGAAUAUGAAUAAUAAUAAUAAUAAUAAGGGCGAAAGUGUGGUUGUUGACGUCGGUCGCCGGAGAAGCUCUUGCGGUUAUUGCAAAUCCGGUUCCAAUACUAGCAUCACUCAUGGUUUAUGGGCACACAGUUUAACUGUUCAUGACUACCAAGCUCUUCUUGACAGAGGCUGGAGGAGAUCUGGAUGUUUCCUUUACAAACCUGAGAUGGAUAAGACUUGUUGUCCGUCUUAUACAAUUCGUUUGAAGGCGAGUGACUUUGUUCCUUCCAAGGAGCAAGGUCGAGUAUCUAAACGAAUGCAAAGGUUUCUAGAUGGUUCAUUGAAUGCUAAGAAAUCAGAUGAAGUAGAUGAGAAACCAACCGAUUCAACCCUCAUCUCCAAUAGUGACACUCUCAAUUCACUACAUAGCAAAUUUAUGGUAGAUUGUGGGUCACAAAUGAACAGCCCUGACCAAGUGAUGCACUAUUUGUCUGAUCAAAUUGAUUCUGUAGUACUCGCAUGCAUUGAAAGUGGGGAACUUCCAAGUGACAUUCAAUUCACUAAAGCAUCUGUCAAAAGUGUUGCACCAGCCAAAAGAAAGUUACAAGCCGAAGAAGCUCAAGAUCUUCUGUAUUCCAGCAAUAUCUCCUUUCAGAUUGCUGCUUCGUUAAGGCGAGCCAAUAAAAGUGUUGGCACAGAAAAAGGUGAUCCGAGUCCAAAAUAUAUUGCAGAUAUACUGUCAAGCUAUCUAAACAAUUUGGCAUCAGCCAUUGGUUUGUCUGUAAAAGCUUGCAAUGGGCAUAUAAACUUCUAUUCUACAGAAACACAACCUGUUGUUUCUAAAGACUCUUCCACAAGCAGUAUGAGAAAAACGAGUUCUCCAAAUAACCUCAGAAACUAUCAUUCCAAAAGACAAGUUCUUGAGAUUCGUUUGAAAAGAUCAAGUUUUGAUCCAGAAGAGUAUGCAUUAUACAGAAAAUACCAGAUCAUUGUGCAUAAUGAUACACCAGAUCAUGUCAACGAGAGUUCUUACAAGAGGUUCUUGAUUGACAGUCCCUUAAUUUUUAUUCCAUCAAGCCGAGAUAGUACUGUUCCGCCUUGUGGACUUGGUUCUUUUCACCAACAAUAUCUGAUUAAUGGGAAACUAGUUGCAGUUGGUGUGAUAGAUAUUCUCCCUAAAUGUUUGUCGAGUAAAUAUUUGUUUUGGGAUCCCGAUCUUGCCUUUUUGUCACUUGGUAAGUACUCGGCACUGCAAGAAAUUAAUUGGGUGAAAGAAAAUCAAAAACAUUGUCCUAGCUUGCAGUAUUAUUAUCUUGGCUACUAUAUACACUCAUGCAACAAGAUGAGAUAUAAAGCAGCAUAUCGUCCAUCUGAGCUUCUUUGUCCUCUUCGUUACCAGUGGGUUUCCUUUGAUACAGCAAAGCCGUUACUUGAUAGGAAACGGUAUGUUGUACUCUCUGAUUUCACCAACUUGCAACAUGACGGUGGUUCGUCAACUGUUCCCAUUGACGAUCAAAUAGAACAAGACGAGCCUUUUCCCGAAUCAUCAAAUGACAUUCCUAUUGAUGCGGAUGAAGAAAUGUCUGAACUUGCUUUUGAAGACUCGGAUGAUGAAUCAGAACCAGAAACCAGUAGUGUGAUACCUGCAGAAAUGCGAAAAGAUGUCAGUAAUAUUGUCAUUGGUUUGAAAGGAAUGCAUCUGAAAUAUAAGGAUAUACGACAAGCUUUUGGACCCAGUGAGAGAGACUACUUGGAAACUCAGUUGGAUAAAUAUGCGACGGCCGUGGGUGCCGAUUUGUCAGAGAGAAUGAUUUACUCGAUUGGCUGAUUCCAUUGCCAUUUGGAUCCUGAGAUGCAUUCUUGGUAGAUCAGAAGUACAAGUUCGAAUGGUUUUUAGAACUUGAAAAAUGCUUCAGAAAAGGCUGUUAUUUCUUGAAGAUUGUAUGUUUUCAUCUUAUGGUAUCACUAGACGGCCUGGCUACAUUGAACAGACUCGGUUCUUAGUUGCGUGAAUUUUUUAUCUAACUUAUACUUGCGACGCCCAUAUCACAAAUAUCAUAUUACAAAUAUAAACAUGUGUUUUUUUCC